AUGCCAACAAUAGAAUUAGAACAAUUGGUAGUACCACCAGUACAGUAUGAUAAAAUAGAGAAGAUGGAUUGUGACAUGAUCAAGUCAAUCUCAUUGCUCAAUACAAUGGGAAUAUCAAUGACGGGGUUGGACCAAGUGUGUAUUUAUAUGAUCAAGACAUUAAAGGAUCAACAAAAAGGUGUGGCUGGUGCCAAGGGAGGCGUAGCAGCUAUGGCAGGUGUUGGAGCUGGAAUGGCUUUUUCUCCUCUAUUUCUCAUUGGAUUUGGUCUGUUGAUUUUCAGUGGUGUUGGAGGUGCUGUAACGUCGGCGGUCGAUUUGGCUGUUGGUGAAAAUAGAAUGAAAACUGUAACCAGAAACGUAAAGAAAUUGGAACAACUUCAAGCACAAAUUAACACAAUCUUGUCGGAAAUGUUCGAUAUGUUUCUUUUAAUAGUUGAUCCCAACCAACAACAUGAACAAGAACAAGAACAAGAAGAAAGAGAGAGAAAAAGAAAAGAAAAAGAAGAUUUGGCAUACUACCUUACAUUGGUUUAUUUUGGUAUGAAAGAAGGAACGGCCAUUGAAGCAUUUACAAUGAUUCAAAAUGAAUUGUUAUCCAUCCCAAUUGACAAUCGUAAUAUUAACGGAUUCGUUGACCACAUUCUGGGUGGAAAUCAAGGAACCUAUGUUGGAAGGAUCCAAAGGUCAAUUGGUUUAAUAUUAUUGGGUCGAUCUACAAACAAUCCCCAAGAUGCAAUCGAAUCAUUUAGAAAUGCAUCAGUCUCUGAAAUCAAAGAAAAUGCAUAUGCCCGUAUCGCCUUCAUUUCCACCAUUGGUAUUAUUGCUCCAACUGCCAGUGCUGCCAUUCGAGCAUGUGCAGUGGGAGCUGGAGCCGGAGCUGGAAUCAUGGUUGCCAAAGCAACUGGAAAGUUGGCAGUAGCAGUCCUUGGCAAAGUAUGUAUCAUUGCAUCACCAGUCAUCAGUCUCGCAGAUUGUAUCAUUGAAGCAGUAGGAGACAGUGGUUUUAUAAAAGCAAUCAAGAAAAUCCAAAGUUGGGGUGAACAAGUUAUGAAAUUCUAUUCUUCCUACUUGCGAAUUAUCCCAGAAAACCAGGAUAUUCAAAAGAUACCAAGGGUAAUAGAAAUGAUUGAUGAUUUGAAACUAGAUGGAUGCCCUCCAGCUUUUGUUGGAAUGUUUGGACUGGCCUCUAAAGGAUACAAAUCGUUGGAUCUUGGAACGACAACAUAUUAUUUUCAACCACGUGAGAAUAUAUGCAUUACAACAUCAUUUGGAACUGUAAUUCCAGAAACCUUGAGAAUGGAUUUAGGUGUAACCCAUCUAAAUCCAACCACCAAACCCAAUCAUCUAAUUGUUUCAUGUGAAUCUUUAAAAGGUGUUUUUAUUUCAUUCAAUGUUCGUCAAUGGAAAGGUAAUAAGACUAUUGCUUUUCAAAUUCUAUUGCAUCCAAUCAACCAAAAUCUUUCAACUUCAUAUCGUUAUGAAAAUAAUUAA